AUGAGGCUGCCAGACUAUUUGAAGCUUCUUGAGGCCCAGAACCCUCCCCGUUUUGCCCCCCCAGUCACUACUUCGCAAUUACCUUCUCCAGCCACUACUCCACCAUUGGUUGCUCCUUAUUCAAGGCCUAAUCCCCGAUCACCCACAGGCAAUCAAGCGAAUACCCGCAACCAACAUCCCGCCGACUUUGGAGUGACGGCAGCAAACAUCAAGGAUGAUUUGACUGCGCAAAAAGGUCGCCCAGAUUGGAUCUUCUCUGCAUACGCACCCGCCAAAGAUGUUCCACGACUGCUGUUCGGCGGUCCUCACCGCGAGCGGAGUCCGGAAGAGAUGCGCCUGCGUCACUACGAACUUGCGGCUGCCGGGAAUCUCAAUGAAGCAGUGCAAGAAGCCUCGAGACUGUGGGAAGAGUGUGUGCAGCAGACAGAUGCGGCAUUGAAUGACCCCCAGGGCGCAGCCAAAUAUGUCAUCGACGGAAAGAAUGAACAUCCCAACAUUUUCGACAUUAUUGAGGGUAAAGCAAAUCCCUCUAAUCAAGGCUCGUCUUUCAGCCAACCUGCUGCACCUAGCCAGCCUUCUCCGUUUGGCCAGCAGAAUACGAACUCGGCACCAAAUCCCGCCCCUACAACUGGGGCAUUCGGUGCUCCUUCCUCGACGUUUGGUCAGCCCUCGGCCUUUGGCCAACCGUCUGGACUUGGUGGCGCCCCUGCACAGCCGCAGACGAGCGCAUUUGGACAGCCUUCGGCGUUUGGACAACCCUCUGCCUUGGGUGGCUCUGGCUUCGGCCAACCCUCAGCCUUAGGUGGACAAUCUGCCCUGAAUAAACCAGCAUUCGGCCAGACAAGUCUGGGCCAACAAGCUGCCAACCCGAAUCCUUUCGGCAAACCCUCGACCCUGGGAGGCACCACGAAUACUCCCUUUGGUGCCCCUUCUACUGCCUCUCCAUUUUCUCAAUUCUCCCAAAAACCUGCUGGUGGUGCCUUCAGUCAGAGUUCGGGAGCAGCAGCACCAUCACCAUUUGGCCAAGCCGCUGCCCAGCCCACUACUUCACCAUUCGGACAGGCCGCCGCAGCGCAACAACCAGCAGCUCCGUUUGGUGCUCCUUCCGCCCCUGGUGGGUUUGGACAACCAUCUCAACUUCAACCCUCCCAACCCUCUCAACCGUCAUCCUUCCCACCCGCUAAUACCAACCCCUUCGGAGCGCCUGCCGGCCAAACUGCAGCACCCUCCCCAUUCGGGGCCCCUUCACAGCCAGCAGCGGCUCCGUCUCCCUUUGGUCAGCCCGCUGCCGCCCAGGGUGUACCAGUUCAGACUGCCAAUGCUGGACCGAAUGCAUUCAUCAAACCUAAUGUGCCCGAUGAGCUCAACCCUCUCCCACAACUACAGGGUGAGACUCGGUCCAAUCCGCAGACUAAGCGUCUCAUGAUGUGGAAAGGUCGCCCUGUCAAUUAUAUCAAUGAGCACCCCUGCUAUCUGCACCCGCAAGAUAACAAGACCUUUGUCCGCAUCAACUUCCCCAGUGGGCCUCCUGACGCAGCCAGUCUGAGAGACUCACAGGGCAAACCGGAAGAGUACACAGCGGAAGUCACCGAGGCCUACAAAUUCUUCCUCGAGAACGGUCACUUCAAGGACGGCAGGAUCCCUGUUGUGCCCCCGCAACGAGAGAUGAUCAGUUUCGACUUUUAG